AUGUCCUACAAGCGUUCGCGCGCCGCUUACGAAGCCGACCUCACCACCCAGCAAUCCCCAUACGUCUUCUUUGGGACUCCGCUCCCACCACUUGAUCCCGAUGUGCGAGACGACGGCUCCUACGUGCCAAUAUGGAAGCAGGAGGUGAGGGAUGAGCGCGGGCGCAAGAGGCUUCAUGGCGCCUUCACCGGAGGCUUCAGUGCAGGAUAUUUCAAUACAGUUGGCUCCAAAGAAGGGUGGAUGCCCUCGACAUUUGUAUCUUCACGUACGAACCGCCGGAAAGAUGACCCGAAAUCCGCUCAACAACGUCCCGAGGACUUCAUGGACGAAGAAGAUCUUGCCGAUGCCGAAGAGGAUCGGAGAAUACAAACCAAAGCAGCCUUUGCUGGCCUGGGCUCCACCAAAAAUGACGCGUCAAGAGCCACAGGGCUUAUGGGCCUGUUCCGAGCUACCGGGGAGACAAUGGGCGAAAAGCUACUGAAGAAAAUGGGCUGGAAAGAAGGGCAAGGCAUAGGUCCCAAGAUCAGAAGGAAAGCUCGCCUCGAGCUUCGUAGCGAUUCGAGCGGCCCUGGAGAGACAUAUUUGUUUGCUCCUGAGAAUGUGCCGAUGAUCUCCUUUGUGCGCAAAACAGACCACAAGGGAUUAGGUUAUGGAGGCCAUGCUAGACUGACACCUAUUGGAUCUUCCAACAAAAACAACGGCGCCAGUCAUUCAGAUGACGAGGAUGACGACGAAACUAUGGGUGGCUUUGGAAAGCCUCGAUAUACACUGCCGACAGACCGCAAGAAGAAGAAGGACAACAAGCCGCGAGGUGGCAUUGGCAUAGGUAUCCUGAACGACACGGGCUCUGAUGAUGAGGAUCCCUACGAGAUUGGGCCCAAGAUAUCCUACAACCGAGUGGUAGGGGGUGAUAAAAAGAAGAAAAAGGCGACGACCACGAUCAAUCCUGCUGUCAAAGCGCCCCUGUUUAGGCCGUCGAAAAAGACAGCCCUAGAGAAAAUCGCUCUAGGUGUGCGAAAAUGUCACGAUGGACGACUGCCCCUCGAUGGCUUUGUGUUUGGCAAGGAACCAGAUGCGCUGACCUCGGCUAUCAGCAGCGAAGGCAAGUACCCGCCUCCUCAGGUUCCGCCAGGCUGGGUCUCUUCGAAGAAACCCAAAUCCCCAGCGGGCGGUCCGGCGGAAUUUGUAUCAGCAGCAGAUGCCGCAAAGGCCUCGACGCUUGAUCCAAAGUCCCGCGCAGCCAUUCUCGGAGAGAAACAACUACCUGGAAAGUCAGUUUUCGACUUCUUGUCUCCUGCCGCUCGAGAACGGCUGGUUGCUGCUACUGGCCGAGCCGAUCUCCCUCAAGCCAAGGGCGAAGUCCCAGCGGAAUAUGCGCUGAGUGAAGAGGAGCGUAUGAACGAGUUGCUGAGUCGCGUUCCGAAACUCGACAAGGAGACAGCUGUCGCUGCUAUUUCCAGGGGAGUCAGCAGUGGAGCGCCAUAUGCGGACGACGAGAAGAAACGAGCGAGAUACAUUGCUUUCCUCGAGUAUCAGGCUGGAUUCAAACCCACCCCAGGAACCCAGCCUCCAAAAAUGAACAGCGAGGACUGGCUGAGAGAGCUGACCGAGUUUUACAACUGCGCUCGAAUCUUCAAGCCGAUGACUGGCUUCAUGGCCAGCAGAUUUACCACAUCUUCAACAACGAAACGAGGCAGCAGAGGUGAGGCUGGUCAGAAGGAUAUCCUCUCCAAGCCUCCGCCAAAGCCCCAGGACCCUUCCGAGGAAGCAGCGAAGCUUGGUAUGUUUGGACCCAUGACGAGGUCUGUUACCGACUUUUAUCCUACACGCCUUCUGUGUAAGAGAUUCAACGUCAGACCACCGGAGCAUGUCCAGCCAGAUGAGGAGCAUUCCACCAAACAGGCUCCUGGCGGCUCGUCAAGGUUUGAUGUAUAUCCCGAUCAACCGGUCUUUAGGCCUGAGAUUUUGACAACAGGUGGUGGUGUGGGGAUAAGUCGAGAGAGUUCCAAUGGUGAGGGCUCUGGCAAGUCAACUCCUGCUCCUGAGCCAGCGAUGGUAAUAGAUCCCAGCAGAAAUGAAGCGCUGGAAGGGAAAAGGGCAGGAGAGGAUGUGUUCAAGGCCAUCUUUGGUGACAGUGAUGAAGACGAUGACUAG